AGAAAAAAGCGUUUCCAGAACGUCCCAAUGACCCGGAUGUAUAUACAACGAACAAAUAUUUUGCGCGAAAAUCUGAUCACAGGAGCACUCUGUUCACUUGCCUUUUAUUCACAUAUAACAGAAUUUACGCGUUCCUAAUUUUGAGUACUUCAGAAAAAAUCAACCACUGCGAGCUAAAAUGGACGAGUAUGAUGAGAUGUACGGAAUCGAAGAUGACUUUGAGCAACAGUUUGCCGACGAAUUGGAGGUGAUGGCUGAAAUGGAACUUGAGCCCCCGCAUCCUGCAAGAGUAUCGGGGUUCCGCAGUAAGAUGCCAGCGCCGCAGACGUUUGAAGACGCCAUAACAUCCGGGGACCUGGCAUCGAAAACAGCAGGCGCGGCUGCCCUGAGCAAGACCCUCGGCCCCUCAUGUGAUGAAGAGGAGUCCUUGACCCCCAAAGCAAAGAAGCGGAAGCACGAUGUGGCAAAAAAGCUCCAUUUUGAUGCGUUACAGGAUGACAUCACUCCUCCUUCCUCACCAGAGGUGUAUGGAAAUUCGGAGGGGACCAGACCUGGGUUUACACUGUCUCUGUCUCCUGAUGGGCCACCGGUUGCUAUGACAGCCAGUGUUUUGGACAUCAGUGGCCUGGCAACACUACAGGAAUCCCCUAAGAGGGUUCCUACAGCAGUGUGUCGCGCAAGGAAACGUCCCCCAGCAACUGGGGAUUACAUCACGGUCACGGACUCCAUGGGAAACAGAGUUUACCUCAGCAAAAAGGAGGAUGACGACAAUAAGGCACCAGAUCCGAGAUUUUUUCGGAAUUCCCAGAAUGCACUGGGCCUUUUGGCUGUGCCCAUUGAGGUUCUCAAAGAACAAGUGGCAGACAGACGCCAUCGUCAGUUGGUGGAAGACUCCCAGAGGCUAACAGAACUCCUGAACAGAGGUGUAGAUCCAGAACUUCUUCUAGAUGAGGUGACAGAGGAGGAGGAUGGUGAAACUGCUGACGAAGGUGUCUGCUCUCGUUUGUGGGUGGACCGCUUCGCCCCACAGCAUUAUAUAGAGCUGCUGAGUGAUGAUUUCACCAAUCGUUGCCUGUUGAAAUGGCUAAAACUGUGGGAUAUGGUUGUAUUUGGGAGAGAGAGAAAACCUCGCCCACCUGCUCCGGAGGCCAGACCCACUGCAGCAAAUGCGCAAAAUCAAAACCAAGCUCAACGCUUCAAAACCAAAAGCCAGAUCACGGAGGAGAUACUGGAGGCAGAGUUAGACCAGUAUAAAAGACCCAAAUUUAAGGUAGCACUCUUGUCUGGUCCUCCUGGUCUGGGAAAGACAACGUUAGCACACAUCAUUGCCAGACACGCUGGAUACAAUGUAGUUGAGAUCAAUGCUAGUGACGACCGCAGUGCUGAACUCUUCCAGAAGCGCAUCGACACUGCCACGCAGAUGCAGUCAGUGCUGGGCGCCAACGAGAAGCCAAACUGCCUCGUGAUUGACGAAAUCGACGGGGCCCCUUCUGCGGCCAUCGGCGUCCUCCUGGCGACUCUGAGCAGGAAGGACAGCCGGGAGGGAGAGGAGUCGGGCGCCAAUGCCUUGAAGAAAAAGAAGAAGAAGGAGUCCGUCCUGCUUCGGCCAAUCAUCUGCAUCUGCAAUGACCUUUAUGCCCCAGCUCUUAGGCCCCUGAGGCAGCAGGCGUUCCUCUUGACCUUUCCCCCGACGCAGCCCUCGCGCCUCGCGCAGAGGCUGGCUGAGAUCACAAGGCGGCAGGGCAUGAAGACAGACACGGGCUCCCUCGUGGCCUUGUGUGAGAAAACAGACAACGACAUUCGUGCUUGCAUCAACACGUUGCAGUUUUUACAUGGCCGUGGUCAGAAACAGUUGGAUCAGCGUGUUGUGAGUUCUGUGUGCGUUGGGUUGAAAGACCAGAACAAGGGACUUUUCUCACUGUGGCAAGAAAUCUUUCAGCUUCCACGACUGAAAAGGAAACGGAUUGGUGGAGACGUAUUUGGAGCGCUCGAGGAGGCGGGACUUAAAGAUGGCGCGCAGAGGCUUCAGCACAUCCUCCACCUGGCCUCAUCCAAUGGAGAGCAUGAGAAACUCAUACAGGGCCUGUUUGACAACUUCCUGGCCAUGAAGCUGAAGGACCCUGGGCUGGCCGGCGUGUGCGCCGGCUUGGACUGGCUUUGCUUCUCAGACCACGUAAACGAGUGCGUGCUACACGGCCAGAACUACUCGCUCAUGCGCUACCUCCCCUUCCUGCCCGCCGCCUUCCACUUCCUGUUCGCGGCCAACUCCGUCCCGCGGAUCAGCUACCCCAACAGCCACUACGAGGCCCUUACGAAAACACAGCACACCAAGAAUGCCGUCGUUGCCAUGUUGGCCGAGAUCCCUCCUACGAUUCGGAGUCGGGUUUGCCAGAACAACCUGUGCUUGGAAGUUCUCAGCCUGCUGCUGGAGCUCAUCUGCCCCAAACUUCGACCGGUUAACCCUCAGCUGUACAGCACCAGGGAGAAGCAACAGCUUUGUGAGCUCAUUGACAACAUGAUCAGCUAUAACCUGACCUACCGGCAGGACCGCACGCCCGAGGGCCAGUACACCUAUGUACUUGAGCCGAACGUGGAGGACGUGGUGCGGUUUCCUGGGCUGCCCCCUCGACGACAGCUGACCUAUCAAGUGAAGCAGCUGAUCGCCAGGGAGACGGAGCUGGAGAGGAUGAGGAGGGUGGAGCGAGCCCAGCAGAAUCGCAACCAGAGGACUUCUGAGACAGAGGCCGCUGAGGUGGGACGGCAGGUGAAGAGACCAGAGGUGAAGAAGCCACCAGCCAGGAACCACCACCAUCGGCUGGAGAACAUUGUCAAACAAGCUGUGGUGGAGAACAAGCCAGAACUGGAUUUCUUCGGACGAGCAGUCAUACCAAAAGAGAAGCCUGCCGUUAAUUCAGCAACAGGUGAAGAUGCUAAACUAAGCGGGACUUUGCAGAUUGGUAAAGCGGUAGGAAAAAGUGACGUUUGGUUUAGGUUCAAUGAGGGCGUGUCUAAUGCAGUGCGUCGAAGUGUGUACAUUAGGGAACUCCUCUAAGAGCCGUCUGUCUAAGACAAGACAAGAUGCCUUGUGAGAAAAGUGGGAGACAGAAUUAGAACAGGACCAUGUUGAUGCUUUGUUUGAUGAACACCCACAAAUCCGUACUGUUGUGUGCUGACCUGUAUCCUUACUUAAAGCCUCCAGCAACUUCUGUGAAUAAAUGUUAAAUGAUUUUCUGCU